AAAUAAAAAAGAUCGGCUUUAUCCGAGGGGGCUCGAUUCUCUCGGAAAUUUCUCUCCUUUCGACGUGCAAGUUCGAACCCACUGAAGGAUUCAGGGUGUUUUUUUUUCGGGUCGUCUGCUCUUAUUGAAUCCAAGUGUUCUUUGCAACUAACAUUGCACCGACGUAGGAAUAAGGUUUUAUCUGUUGAACUUCUCGUAGCCUGAGGAAGGAUUUAUCUCUUAGGGGUGAAACUGAUGAUAGGCAGAAAGGCAAAUUUCUUAACUCCAGAUCUGUAAUGCAUACAAGCCGUGGAACAGUUUGAUCAGAUUUGAAACCGAUUGAUUCUUUUGGUUGAUGUAAACAUUGCAUCCGUAAGUUGUGUCUCCAAAUGGGCCGGAUGAGUGUUCUCUUCUCUCACUUUUUGCUUGUUGGUUUGGCGGAGUCCUCAAAUAGAUCCGGUAACAUAUGGGUUCUGAGCCUUGGCAUUGAUCAGGGCAAGGCCUUCAGCUGGCCAAUUUUCAGCGCCAGCAUUUUCGUGGGUGUUGCCGUUAUCCUCUCCACGUAUCUUAUCUUCGAGCACCUAGCUUCUUAUAAUCAGCCAGAGGAGCAAAAGUUUCUUAUCGGACUUAUUCUGAUGGUUCCUGUUUACGCUCUAGAAUCGCUCUUGUCAUUGUUGAACUCAGAAGCAGCUUUCAACUGUGAGGUGAUUCGAGAUUGUUAUGAAGCCUUUGCACUCUACUGUUUUGAGAGAUAUUUGAUAGCUUGCCUAGGUGGGGAAGAACGUACAAUUGAAUUCAUGGAACAGCAGACAGUUAUUAGCCCAGACAUGCCUCUUCUGGAAGACUCGUGUUAUGAAGUUGUAGCACAUCCUUUCCCUUUGAAUUGGUUCCUAAAAGAUUGGAAUCUUGGUCCUGAAUUUUAUCAUGCUGUGAAAAUCGGCAUUGUUCAGUACAUGAUAUUGAAGAUGAUCUGUGCUCUGUUGGCUAUGGUCCUUGAAGCUUUUGGGGUUUAUGGAGAAGGGAAGUUUGAGUGGAAAUACGGAUAUCCGUAUCUGGCCGUGGUUCUCAAUUUCAGCCAGACUUGGGCAUUAUAUUGCCUUGUACAGUUCUAUUCUGUCAUAAAAGAUAGGCUGGCCCCGAUCAAACCACUGGCCAAAUUCUUAACGUUCAAGUCUAUCGUGUUCCUCACGUGGUGGCAAGGUGUUGUGGUUGCAUUUUUGUUCUCGAUGGGAAUUUUUAACGGGUCUUUAGCUAAGGAACUGAAAACGCGUAUACAGGAUUACAUCAUCUGUAUCGAGAUGGGUAUUGCCGCUGUAGUCCACCUCUAUGUGUUUCCUGCAGUGCCUUACAAGCGUGGAGAAAGAUGUGUUCGUAAUGUAUCAGUAAUGUCAGAUUAUGCCUCUUUAGAUGCACCUCCUGACCCGGAAGAGGUUCAGGACUGUGAAAGAUCUACUAGGAUACGCUACUCAAGAUUUGAUGAUGAUGUUGGUGAAAAACGCUUAAAUCUCCCUCAAAGUGUUCGUGAUGUCGUUCUCGGUAGCGGUGAAAUUAUUGUGGAUGACAUGAGGUUCACAAUUUCACAUGUUGUGGAACCGGUAGAAAGGGGAAUCGCGAAAAUAAACCAAAAGUUUCAUCAGAUAUCGGAAAACGUGAGACGAUACGAGCAGCAAAGAAGGUUGUCUAAGGAUGAUUCGUAUCUCAUUCCACUGAAUUCAUGGACCAAGGAAUUCUCAGAGGUUCAUGAAAACUCCCAAGAAGGGAGUGUCAGUGACAGUGGUUUGCAGAAAGGAAAGAGGCAAAGUCACCAUUCUAGAGUCUUGGGCUUAUGGACAAGAAUGCGCAGAUAAUAUAAUACCUGGCUGCAGAAUUGAAAUGAUGGCUCCUGAGUCCUAUCUUCAACUCCUUGGAGAACACCUCUUGCAAUUUUUUUUUGUAGAUUUCCGAUGAUGAUGCCGAUGUCCGGGAGUAGUUAUAACUCGGGCAUGCAGAAGAUCAUCAUCUUCACACGAUGAUACACUCUGGUAAGAGAUUCUGACUGUUUCCAUGUGUUAUUGUAUAGGACUUAGAAUGCAGAGCUAGCUACCACUGGUUAUGUGGUGACAGAGAAAUAGAUCUAUAGCUUCAGCAAAAACAAAGUGAUUUCACAUUUUUAGUUUUUUAACUUACAUUUCUA